AUGCGGGCUUUCAUUUUUCUUCCCUUCAUGUUCCUGGCUGUGUACUCAGUAUCUUCAGAUCAGAUUUCAAAACCAAGUGUUUUCAAACUAGAAGAGAAUCAAAAAUCUGCACAUUUUCUAGAGGCAAAAAAAGGAGCUAAUCCUCUAGGAGAACAAAAGGAAUCUAAUAAGCUAGAAGGAAGUCACACACAAGGAAAACCAGGGAUGAUUUUUUUGCAAGGAAGACCAAGAUAUUCUAAUCAGCCAGGUAACCCUGGGAAUUUUGAUCAGCAAGGAAGGCUGGAAGUUUUGAAUCAGCCUUUGGUGUCUGGAACUUGGAUUUUGCAAGAGAAGUCAGGAGAAUCAAACCAAAAAGGAAAUACAGAUGCUCCUAAUGACCAAGGAAAAUCAGGAUCUUCUAACCAGCUAGGGAAGCAAGAGUCUUCUGGCCAACAAGGGAAGCCAGGGUCUUCCAGCCAGCAAGAGAAGUCAGAGUCCUCUAGCCAACAAGGAAAGCCAGGGUCUUCCAGCCAGCAAGAGAAGUCAGAGUCUUCUAGCCAACAAGGGAAGUCAGGGUCUUCCAGUCAGCAAGAGAAGUCAGAGUCUUCUAGUCAACAAGGGAAGCCAGGGUCUUCCAGCCAGCAAGAGAAGUCAGAGUCUUCCAGUCAGCAAUGGAAACUUGGGUCUCCUGGUCAGCAAGGGAAGCUUGGGUCUUCUAGCCAGCGAGGGAAGCUAGGGUCUUCCAGUCAGCAAUGGAAGCUUGGGUCUCCUAGCCAGCAAGGGAAGCUUGGGUCUCCUAGCCAGCAAGGGAAGCUAGGGUCUUCUAACCAGCGAGGGAAGCUAGGGUCUUCUAGCCAGCGAGGGAAGCUAGGGUCUUCCAGUCAGCAAUGGAAGCUUGGGUCACCUAGCCAGCAAGGGGAGUCAGAAUUGUCUAGCCAGCAACGGAAGCUAGGGUCUCCUAGCCAGCGAGGGAAGCUAGAGUCAUCUCGCCAACAAAGGAAAUCACGAUCUUUUUACAUGCAAGAAGAAAGUAAAAAGGUAGACAACGCUCCAAAGGGCAAUGUAAUGGAAAUUCAGACCGGCAGCUUUGACAGCAAAAACCCACCUAGAAAUACAAAAUGUCAAUCCGUUUACAAACCAGUCUGUGGUUCUGAUGGAAAAACCUAUGGUAACCAGUGUAUAUUUGACCAAGCAAAAAGAAAAGUGUUAACGGUGUUCCUCUUACCUUGUACCCCACGUGUGGAACAGGAGGACAGACCCUUGGUUACCACUGCAGGUCAAGCCCACAGUGUCCUUCCAACAACUCUUCCAGCUAUGGCUGAACUUUAUUUCCCUCUGCAGAGAUCUUUGCAUUUGGUCAACGUCCACACUACUCUUCUGGUGCUGUAUGAAGUUCACUUGCUCCUCAUUUUACCAGCACAUCACUUUGCAUCAUAA